AUGCGGGCUUGGCCGAUCCCCAAGCGCGCGUGGCGCCCUCUAAACCCAACUUGGCCUAGAUUCAACCCUUGCUGGGGACCUCCCCAAUUUGGAGGGGGUCAGACCCAAGCCACGCUUGGCCGAGCCCAAGCGAGGGUGCCACCUGCGGCAAACCUGACCUCACAGAGCUUGGGUUCAGCCAAGCCAGACUUGGGCCAGUGCCAAAGUCCGACCCCCACGGGACCUUCCAAAUCAAGCCCCCUGGGCGCUGGCACGAGGACAUGCCAGACUGGGGCCUGUGCCCAGACUAGAGAUGGUCUCUGGAUAUCCGUUGCGGAUAUCCGCUAUCCGCUGGGGGAUAUCCGCCAGUGCCAGCGGAUGCGGAUGUCCCCUUUCCCCUGA